AGUGUGUGUGAGUGACUGUGUGUCUACAGUAUAUAUAUAUAUAUAUAUGCGCGUGCUGGAGUGUGCGCGCGCGCGUCCCGGUGCAGGUUUGUGUCGCGCGCUGAUUGGAGAUGCCGCAGUGAGCGGAGAGAGAUCCGGGGAAGCGCGUGCGUGCGGGUGAUCAGAGAUAAUGGGGUCCGCGGGCACGGAGAGCGCGAGCGGCGCGGACGAGGUGAAGUGCGCGUGCCAGAGCCGGUGCGGCGGCGGAGGAGGAGGAGGAGGGAGAGGGAGCUGGAGAGGGUUCGGUGGUCUGUUCGCGCUGUCGCUCGUGCUGCACCUGGUCACGCUCGCGUGCUACGUGGAACUGCGAUCUGAGAUCCGGAUACAGAAGAGCGGCGGAGAGGGGGGACAUCCGGUCAGCGCGCGGGCAGCCGGAGGAGGGGAGCACGAGCAGAUUAGAGUGGAGAGAGAAGCUGAGGAGAGAGUAAUUCUGCGCUCUAAACGCUCAGAAUCACCUGGAAAUGGAAAGAGGACGGGAGAGAGAAAGAAAGAAUCACCUGGAAAUGGAAAGAGGACGGGAGAGAGAAGGAAAGGUAAAAAAGGGCCACCUGGUGCUCCAGGGCCUCCAGGACCUCCCGGCCCUCAGGGGCCCCCAGGAAUACCGGGAAUCCCAGGAAUCCCAGGAAGCAAUGCAAUGGGUCCACCAGGACCCCCAGGACCUGUUGGACCUCCAGGACCUCAGGGACCACCUGGAGCUCAGGGGACACCAGGUGGUGGUGAAAGAAGCAGGUUCAGAGACACACAGCCAGCCGUGGCACACCUCCAGGGUCAGGAGACAACCAUCCAGGUGAAAGAAGAUCUCUCCGAAGGUGUCCUGAAGAACUGGAAGACCAUCGCUAUGCACCAGCGCGUCUUUAAGAUGCACUCGCGCUCUGGAGAGCUGGAGGUGCUGCAGGAUGGGACGUACUUCAUUUAUAGUCAGGUAGAAGUGUACUUCCUGAACUUCACAGACAUCGCGAGUUACGAGGUGAUGAUUGAUAAGGACCCGUUCCUCCGCUGCACGCGCAGCAUCGAGACCGGACAGCGCAAGUUUAACACCUGCUACACCGCUGGUGUGUGUUGGCUCCGCGCCAGACAGAGGAUCUCCAUCCGCAUGGUGUAUGACGACACCUCCAUCUCCAUGACCAACCACACCACCUUCCUCGGAAGUAUCCGCCUCGGAGAGGCCCCGCCCACCGGACACAGAUGAGCCAGUCAGAUUGAGGACGGACCGCUCGUGGGAUUUGUCUGGGCACACUUAAAAGACGACUAAAACCUGCUGGCUCAUUGACUCCGCCCCUAAACCAUACAUAAGUCAAUCAGUUCACCAUCUCCGUCUACCAGUUAUCACUGAGGCUACGUUCACAGAAUUGAACAACGUAGCUUGUAACAUGAACGUAGCCCAAAGGCAGAUCAAAUUGAACUCAGACACUAAAUAGAAACUAAAAAUUCCAAGCCUAUCAGUUCACUCCUCAUUAACCAAAACCCCAAAGAGCAGCAACUGCCCAUAAGCAUCUCUUAAACUCCACCCACCAGCCCAUUUAGACAAGAUGAAGGCUCCGCCCACAGCAAUUCUCAAGGUGUACAAAAGGUGUAGCUUAGCCAGACAAGCUAAUUCAGCCUGUUCACAGGAUACACCUGUAGAUACUUACCUUCUGUCAAUCAGCUUGAUGGAUACUUAAAUUUGAGCUGAUUGAUGUCAAACUCCUGAACCACCAAACUCAUAUAUCGAGCAUAGAAGCCCCACCCCCAUGGGUUACUCCUAAUCCAUUACCUGAGACUCCGUCCACUUUAAGAGCUGGCAUUAAUGGCCGAUCUGCUUCUGUUCGAUAUCACAUCCGCGACUAUCAGAUACCCAAUCAUAUGGAUCAGUGAUGAAAGGUCACAUGAUUGAAC